UAUGAAAUUGCAAGCGAUGCAGCGGUUGAAUGAUCACAGCCACUCAAAUAUCUGUAACUUAUCGAAUAUGCGUUUCGUCAAAGAGCUGAAACAGGGUUUGAACAGCACAUUUAUGUUCGUUUGUGAUGUGUGCAAAUAUACUGGCAUUAUCAAAACGAAUCCACCUUCGAAUUUAAAUCAACAACUGGAAAUCAAUUACGCCUCAGUUCUGGGAGCAUACGCUGUUGGAAUAGGCUUUUAUCAGACCCAAGAAUUCCUGGGAACAUUAGAUGUGCCUUUCAUGGCUGUUGCUACAUUCGACAAAAGACAAAAGCUUCUUCAAAACAACCUACGGAUUCACGCGCAGCAACUGGAAAACGAAGCGAUGGAAAAGGAAAAACUGAUAACUGUUAAGGAAGUCGACGUCAAUGGCACUCCUUUACUAUCAGGCUUUGUGGACGGUAGUUUUCCCAAACGUUCAUACCGUACUCAUUACGAUUCUCUAUCGGGUACAGCGUGCAUAAUAGGUAUUUUUCUACAGCUACUUGAAUUGGAGAACGUUAAUCUGAAACAUUUCUCAAGGACUUCAUAUGAAGAAAAUUAUGUGGCACGGCGUGAAGAACAAAUAUUGUCGAAUAUUGGCGCACAUUGCAAAAGAUGAAGAACCAAAAGAACAUAUUUGCAAUCGUAAAUACGCUGGUCCAUCAACAGGGAUCGAGUCACAGUUACUGCUGGAAGCAUUCGAAAACAGUGAGAAAAAUUUUGGUGUUCGAUACCAUAACCUAAUUGCUGACGGCGAUAGCAAAACAUACAAGAUCAUUGAUGAGGCCAAAAUUUACCGAAACCCAACAUUAAAGAUUGAGAAAAUCGAAUGCAUUUUGCACCUGUACCGCUGUGCGAUGGGUCUUCUAUGGAAGGUGAAAAAUCUUAUCAGCUCCGAAGCAGAAAGACUCUUGAUCGGCAUCAAAACCGCGGUGAAACAUUGGAUUGGAUCUGUAGUGACCAGAUUUGGAUCACUUACCCUAAUUUAAGAUAUCGAACUGUCACAUAAAUGAACAUCGCAUUUCAUUCUCUCUGUCUUCACGCUCUCGUUAUGUUCUGAUCAGCCGAUCAGGAUAUAACAAGAGUGAACGAAAAGACAGAGAUUUUAAUUGCUGCUCAGCCAUCAUACAAGUAACAUCACAUCAAGAGCAAAUAUAAUAAAUUGUAAA